AUGAUCCCUCCUCCACAGCGAGGACGCAAAACUUCACGGCCGGGGAGGCCUUCAAGACAGCCAUCCAGUGGCGAUACUCGCACGAGUACUAGUGCCAGUAGCAACAGCUCGAAUAGAAUUGCUACCCAGUCUAAUGAUUGUGUGACAUCGGACGAGCCAGUGGAGAUACACAAUAGUAACACAAAUAUUCUGGACGACUACAUGUUUCAAACAAGCAUUGAAACCAAUCCAAUGCAUACUACGACACAGCUGCUGGACUUUAGCAGCCUAGUCACUGGUACCACCACCGGCACAGGCAUGAUACCUGGGCACUUCUCAAUGACCGAUCCCACUCCCACACUCGGUGACCUAGAUACAUUCUUCGGUACCAACCACAAUAACGACGUGAUGGACAUGGGGACGUUUCACGGGUUGCAUGGCCAGGGUGAAUGCACCUGCCACGCGGGUGUGACGGAGCUACUAGCGUCGAUGCGCGGCGCCAGCAGCAGCAAUGAUCAGCGGCUGUCUCUGGACGCGCAACUUGCAAGAUUGAAGCAAUGCAUCGUAUCAUCAGAGGAAUCUAUGGGAUGCAUACACAGUCGCGACGAUUCCGAGCCUAUUCACAUUAUGGCUGUCACUAUGCUUAUUGGGUAUGUGAUCGAUGACUUCAAGAUGCUUGCGAAUGAGUCCACGGUACGCAGGGGAUCGUCGUUCUCAUCCUCAUCAUCAGUGGCCGAUUUUGCGUCUUUGGGAAAUAAAUCGAGUGUUGCCACUCCAAGUAGCACCACAACGUCUCUGGGAGACAUUAUCGAGCCUCGACUAUCAUGGGGAGUAUUUGAACUAGAGGAGGAUGAUGAGAUGGAUCUCCGACAGCGGCUAUACCUGCUGUCAUUCCGCAAACUAGAGAGGCUGUUGUCGCAACUCACACUGCAUUUGCGAGAUCAGCACAACGCGUUGGCCAGCCUUCCAGAUCCUUCACGACAUAUGGCAUUUGUCAUUGCGUGUGAUUAUGCACGACUGUGGCUUGAGCGAAAAGCUGGAGAUGUUAAGAGACUAUUUUCAUUCCAUACGACAGAUGAGAUCAUGAACUCAGUGCUUGUAUAG